GAAAAUCGAGCGCACCUCGCUCUAACAGCCCUAUGUAGGAACAGGAAGUUUGGAAACAGGAAAAAAUCUCUGAGAAGGGAAGAAAGUUGGAGAUCACGUUGAAAAAAAUGAGCAGAAUUUAUCACAACACGUCUUUAGAGAACAAACCGGUGCACAAUGAGAGGUUUGACCGGGCGUGGCGUCCCUCUUCGUAUGAAAGUGGACCUGGGGUCCUUGUGGAAGGGAAGCUGCUGGAUGUGUCCAGACAUUCAAUCAGUGACACCAACGAUCAAAAGGUGCGUUUCUACGUGCUGUACAUCAAACCCGGACGGAUCCACCAGAGGAAGUUUGAGGCCAGUGGGAAGGAGGUGGAGCCGAACUUCAGCGACACCAAAAAAGUCAACACCGGCUUCCUGAUGUCCUCCUACAAGGUGGAAGCCAAAGGAGAAUCGGACCGUCUGACUGAGGAUCAGCUGUCGCAGAUGAUCAACAAAGCUGAGCUGGUUAAAAUCACAGACAAGCUCCGACCUGCUGGCACCUGGGCCUUCUGGUACCCAGAGUCGGAGAUGGACAAAACUGAGCUGGAAACGGGACAGGAAGUCCGACUGAAGACCAGAGGAAACAGUCCCUUUAUAUUCUCUUUGGCCAAAGUGGACAGCGGGACGGUGACCAAGUGCAACUUUGCUGGAGAUGAAAAGGCCGGAGCCUCGUGGACGGACAAGAUAAUGGCCAAGAAGGCAGACGGCAGCAGCUCCCAGAAGCCUGGAGGAGCAGGAGAGGGAGCAGAGGAGGACGAAUGGGAUGACUGAGUACACCAUCUCUCGCCGACCGGAUCC